AUGGGAAAUUGCCAAGCCAUAGACAACGCAAGCAUAGUCAUCCAACACCCAAACUCCGCCAAAAUCGAGCGGCUCUACGGCCCAACCACCGCCGCCGACGUCAUGAAGGCCAACCCCGGACACCACGUCGCCCUCCUCCUCACCACCACAACCGUCUACUCUUCCUCCUCUUCCUCCGCCGCCGCCGGAGAGAACAGAGCCGCCCCUCUACGGGUCACGCGGAUAAAGCUCCUCCGGCCAGCCGACGCUCUCGUUCUUGGCCAUGUCUAUAGGCUUGUCACCACCCAAGAGGUGAUGAAGGGGUUGUGGGCAAAAAAGCAAGCCAAGCUGAGAGAGAAACAGAGUUCAGAGCCUCCUCAGGCACAAGUUGGAAAAAAUGAUGUGAAGAAAACAAGUCAGGUAAAACAAGAAAGGCACAGGUCAAGAAAUAACACACCAUCAAAGUCCAGGUCAUGGCAACCUGCAUUAAAGAGCAUCUCUGAGGCUGCAAUUUAA